AUGAGCUACCGCCUGCUCGAAGCGAGCGAGUCCAACCCGGGCUAUGGGCACCAGUCCGACGGGCGCCUCCGCCGCUACAUUUAUUACGCCGGAACUCCCGUGUGCGGCCCCAACGGCACGAACCCCUUCUCCUUCAACACGCUGUCGCCGUUGAUGAACCAGCAGAAUGUCGCGUCCCUGGGCGCCACCUCCUUCAUGCCGUCGCCCUCCGGCCUCUCCAGCGUCAAGGACGAAGCGGAGGAUAACUACUCCUACUGCCAGCCCAAUCUCUCGCCAUCUAUGCUCACCCCAGUGGCUCCCGGCGACACGAACAUUACUCUCUGGCAAUUUCUGUUAGAACUUCUUCGGGGCAACGAACGCCGGGACCUCAUCCAAUGGACUGGGGUUGUCGAUGGCGAAUUCAAGUUGUUGGAUGCUGAAGCCGUCGCCAGGCUCUGGGGCCAGCGCAAGUCCAAACCGAACAUGAACUACGACAAGCUCUCCCGCGCCCUCCGCUACUACUACGACAAGAACAUAAUCAAGAAGGUGACCGGGCAAAAGUUCGUCUAUCGUUUCGUGCCCGGGGGCAGCGACCUGCCGCCGCCGGCUCCUAUUCCCGCCUAUGUGAGGAAUAUGAGCCCAGCCCCGAAGCCGGAAAAGAAGAAGCCGGUCAUCCAGCAGCACUUGGCUCCUACGAAGCCGAGAGCGUUCCAGACGAAGGGGGAGGAGAUGACCUUCUUCAGUCAGCCGCCGUUCAGCUUGCCGCUGCCGAUGGUGCCCGAGCCAGCGCUUCCGCAGCUCUCGCUCAAGCCAUCUGGCCUUAUGACGGUUUCAACGCCUUCUCCUGCCGAGAGCCACUGCAGCCCGAACAGCGUCGGCAGCUCGUCGGGCGUGUCUUCGGGCGGCGAAAGCAGCCAGACGAUGUGCCCCUCGGGCGCCGCGUCUCGUCCGGCCUCCAGCCAUCGCCAACCAUUGCACAUCGGCUCGCACACGCCCACCGACGAGGAGAACCAGCCGCCGCAUCUCGAUUCUGCACGUCGCACCCCGUCGGCUUUCGGUGUUCCCGAUCCAUCCACUUCUAUCGAGCAAUCGCCUGUUUCCCGUAAGCGCAAGCUCGCCGAACCGGCACCGAUCAGCCGCUCCGACUCGACGCAGAGCCGCAAGCCGCGCCCGGAUCCGUUGAACCUGACCGGCCUGGCCGAGCCCGAGCCAUCGCCCACCUCCAGCCUCAACGACGCCCUCAACGCAUCGAACAACCCAUUUGCGCCGUCGAGCUCGUCGAUGAACCUGCUGCAGUCGCCCUUCCAGCUGUCGCCUUACAUCAUGCAGGGAAUGCUCUAUCAGGCUGCUCUGUCGGCUUGUCUGCCGCCGUCGCCGUUGGCCAGCUUCUUGGCGAACUCUCCGUACCUGGCCAGCCCGAUCGGCCGUGCGCCGCAGGUCUUCCAGUUCCCUCCGUCGUCCGGAUCGGCGACGUCCCUUUCGACGGCAGUUUCCACGGCCCUGCUCUCCCCGGCGAUGUUCGGUCUUGGCACCAACCCGUCGUCCCGCAUUGUGGAGGAGCUGCGCACCCCAACGGCCCUCCGGACCCCGGUGAUCCCGCCAAACACAUUCAAGAUUGAGAACGCC